UAGCAUCCAAGUAUCUCGUCCAGAGUAGAAGGAAGUGAAGUCAGAAAAUGGCUCUCAAUUUGAAUCCCUUGCUUUCUUUUACUUUCCUGCAAAUGGGUUAUCAUACACCUCCCAAAUUCUCCAUGGCUUCCAUGCACCGCUCUGUGUCCAGGGAGAUUAAGAAUACAAAGAAGACUUCUAGCUCUCCUCGCAAGGUGCAAGUAACCCAUUCAAUGCCACCACACAAGAUUGAGAUUUUCAAAUCCAUGGAGAAUUGGGUUGAGGAGAACGUUUUAAUUCACCUGAAGCCAGUUGAGAAAUGUUGGCAACCUCAGGAUUUUCUGCCUCAUCCUGCUUCUGAUGGAUUUCAUGAGCGAGUCGAGGAGCUAAAGGAGAGAGCAAAGGGGAUCCCGGAUGACUACUUUGUCGUUUUGGUUGGAGAUAUGAUCACUGAAGAAGCCCUUCCAACUUACCAAACACUGUUCAAUACCACUGAUGGAAUCCGUGAUGAAACAGGUGCAAGCCCCACUUCUUGGGCAACUUGGACAAGGGCAUGGACCGCUGAAGAGAACAGGCACGGUGACCUUCUUAAUAAGUAUCUCUAUCUGUCUGGAAGAGUAGACAUGAAACAAAUUGAGAAGACGAUCCAGUAUUUGAUUAGGGCUGGAAUGGAUUUCCAGACGGAAAACAAUCCGUACCUUUUAUUCAUCUAUACUUCAUUUCAAGAAAGGGCAACCUUCAUAUCCCAUGGCAAUACUGCCAGGCUCGCCAAGCAACAUGGGGACAAGAGCUUGGCUCAAAUAUGUGGCAUAAUAGCCUCAGAUGAGAAGCGCCAUGAAACUGCCUACACCAAGAUAGUGGAAAAGCUCUUUGAGAUUGAUCCCAAUGGGACUGUCUUGGCUUUUGCAGACAGGAUGAGGAAGAAAAUCACCAUGCCGGCCCUCUUGAUGUAUGAUGGAUGUGAUGACGACCUUUUUGAACACUUCUCAGCAGUUGCUCAGCGGCUUGGUGUGUAUACUGCCAAGGACUAUGUUGAUAACUUAGAAUUCUUUGUGGAAAGAUGGAAUGUGGAAAAGCUAACUGGGCUUUCUAGUGAGGGGCGAAAAGCUCAGGAUUAUGUUUGUGGGUUAGCUAAAAGAUUGAGAACACUGGAGGAGAGAGCUCAAGAAAAGGCUAAGCAAGCACCCACCAUUCCUUUCAGUUGGAUUUUUGAUAGAGAAGUGAAGCUCUGAGUGCAAAAUGGAAGACAAGGAUUGGUCGUGUUCUCAAAGAUCUAUCAAGUAAUAUACAAGUGUAAGCCAUCUAUGUUUCUCUAUCUCAAUUUCAAUAAUCACGAUCUCGUCUCAUAUCACUUCUUAGAAUCCUACAAACCAGGGUUUUGGUUUAUAUCUCA